AUGGCUUCCCUGCAAGCUUCACUUCUCCUAUUCUCCUCCCCACCUUCUUCAUCUUCUUCUUCUUCAAAGAAAGCCAUUAAUGCUGCUAUACAUGGCCCAAAGCUUCCAAGAUUCCUUUACUCAGUUCCAAAAAAACCAAUAAGAAAUAAUAUGGUAGAGGAAUUGAUCUUAAGAGACGUGCCAAUAGAGAAAAAUAUCUCUACAACCAACUCCAGUAAUAGUAUUGUGCAGACGCAGCUCUAUGCCAUCCUAGAGGCUGUAGCUGACAGAGAAGGCAUGCACAUCAACGUUGGAGAGCAGCGUGACAAUUGGAACACCCUUCUUUUGGGCUCCAUCAACAUGAUAACUCUUAGUGCUGCAACAAUGGCUGGUGUUGCAGCCAUUGGAGGUGUUGGAUUGCCUCUUUUGGCUCUCAAAUUAUCUUCAACACUCUUGUAUUUUGCAGCCACGGGGAUGCUGCUUAUAAUGAACAAGAUUCAGCCUUCACAGCUUGCUGAGGAGCAACGCAACGCUGCAAGGUUGUUCAGGCAACUUCGGAGUCAAAUCCAAGCUAUGCUCGCGCUUCGUACUCCGACAGAGGAGGAUGUGGAAAAUGUUAUGGAAAAGAUGUUGGCUCUUGACAAAGCCUACCCACUUCCCUUGCUUGGAGCAAUGCUUGACAAGUUCCCAGCAACCUUUGCGCAUGCCGUUUGGUGGCCGAAAAAGAAAAACAAAUCAAAUGAAGGGAAACAGCUCGACGGGAAGAUGGAGAAGAAUGGAUGGAGUGAGGAGCUGGAAGUGGAAAUGAAAAACAUCAUUGAAGUUGUGCAGAGAAAAGACAUUGAGGAUUAUGUAAGGCUAGGUAACUUGGCAUUGAAGAUCAACAAGAUUUUGGCCAUCUCUGGCCCGGUGCUCACCGGCAUUGCAGCCAUUGGCUCUGCUUUUGUGGGGAAUGGAUCGGCAGCGGCGGUAGUAGCAGUGGCUGCCGGCGCUUUAGCUAGCGCGGUCACUGCUUUUGAGCAUGGCGGGCAAGUUGGGAUGGUGUUUGAGAUGUACAGAAAUUGUGCCGGCUUCUUUCACCUAUUGGAAGAGACCAUUGAAGGUGAACUUGAAGAAGGAGAUUUAGAGAAAAGAGAAAAUGGGGAGUUGUUUGAGAUGAAGGUGGCUUUGAAGCUGGGAAGAAGCUUGUCACAGCUCAGAGAACUUGCCAAAAAAUCUGCUUCUACCCAUUGCGAUGGAACUCAAGUAGAUGAGUUUGCAAGCAAGCUUUUCUGA